GUCAAAAAAUUGAACACACCAGCAGUGUGAGGAGACCUGAAAGUGGCACAUGGCAUGGCAGAGUGUGGCGAUGGAGACAGCAGCAAUGGGGAGGCCGUACAGGGACCCAUGAGAGACUCUGGACUUGGCAGCAGCAUGAGGAGGCGGUAUAGGGGCCCAUGGCAGAUUAGGGGCCUGGCAGCAGCUAUGGGAGGCCCGUAAUCUGCCAGCACCCUAUGUCAAAAAAUUGAACACACCAGCAGUGUGUGAGGAGACCUGAAAGUGGCACAUGGCAGAGUGUGGCGAUGGAGACAAC